UGUCCCAUCAUUGGUGUCAGUGGGAGGAAUAGUGUCCCAUCAUUGGUGUCAGUGGGAGGAAUAGUGCCCCAUCAUUGGUAUCAGGCGGGAGUGAAUAGUGCCCCAUACAUUGGUGUCAGUGGGAGAAUAGUGCCCCAUCAUUGGUGUCAGUGGAGGAAUAGUGCCCCAUCAUUGGUAUCUGUGGGAGGAAAU